GCGCUAAACAGCUUGAUCUUAGGUUAGAGUAUGUACUUGUUUUCGUCUUCUUUUUGACAGAAGAAAUCUCAGUGGAAGGCGAAAAAGAUACCUCAUAGGAAAGCUGUCAAAAUGGACGAGGGAUCAGUAGAGGUAAUUUGUGUUUUACGUCUUCACUCAUAUAAAAUCAAAUACAAAUUGCCACUUACAAAUCUCUAGCUACAUACCGAUCUGUAGAUCGAACCAUAGACUUAAACUUAACUUAUGUUGUUUUGAGCGGAGGUUUCGAACCUAGAGACGCGUGUUUAAUUUAUUUAACCUCAACGAAAUACGUAAUAAACUAUUGCUCUUGAUUGCUUGAGUAGAAAACGAUAGGUUUAUCGAAUUCUUUGACAAAACAACCACUUAUAGUAGACGGCCUCGCCGGUGAUACGUACUGGUUUGAUUUUCUUGUCAGGGUAAUCGAAAAUUAAACUUGAGUUGGCUUUACAUGGUAGGUCUUCGUAAACUGUGAUCUCGAGACACGAUCGUCCUAAAAUGGUUUAAAAAGUGUUUCAGUCAUUGCUGAAGUUGCUUUUUUGAUGUCACUAUAAACGUAUUUGUAAGAGUGUAGAAGGUUGACCUAUACCCUUCAUAUAUAGGUUUAAGAUAUUUUAUAGUAAUCAUAUUUCAUUAUGCUUUACUUUGCGAAGUAAAUUUAAAGCUGUCAAGAUGUUACUAAAAGAACAUUUAUACUUUUACAGUAUGUAAUAUUUUUAACAUCCCAUGAUCUGUAGAGGUUUAGGGUUCCCUUGGGUUAGUGUCAUGUAUUAAAUUAAUUUUAUUCGAAUAAGUCGAAUUAGUGGACAAAUAAGCGCCCAUCCUAAAGGCAGUCGAAUAUGAAGAAUUCCUGCAGAUCAAACUCAAAUAAGCGCUCACCCCCACUCCACCCACUUGAGUGAAUAAAUUCCAAUAAGAGACUUCCCGAGGCGGAGUUUUCUUCAGAGUAAAACCUUGCUUUGUUACUUCUUCGCAUUUUGUUAUUAGCAUUGAUUGUUUUGUUGCAAAAUAAACAUACUUCACUUGCUGAUAAUGGUGAAAAUUUAAUAAGCGCCCAGCCUCGAAUAAGCGCCCACCUCGAAUAAGCGCCCACUCUCAAGGUCCAAAAAUUUAAUAAGCGCCCAGGGCGGUUAAUCGAAUAAAUACGGUAAUUAGCUAGUAAUUAGUGGACAAGGCUGAGUCGAAUAUGAAGAAUUAUACAGAUCGAAGAGGGUGUUAUCCGUCGAGGCUGAAGGCCUACUCAGAUCACAUGCUUCAUGUUAUAUUUUGGCUUUCGUUACUUUUAGAGCAAUGGUUACCCUGUGAGCAGAGGUUCCUCUCUUGCAUGCCUUUUAGCGUUUACAAAGUCGUUCCCCUGGCUGGUCUGUCGUGUAAACCAGCCAUGUUGCUGUUGAUUCAAGCCUAAUAAUAUUCCAGGGGUUUCAAUAAGUUUUUGCAUAAGUGGGUACUUAAGAGUAACAAUCCUUGUUCUGGACUUCCAGCUGUGUACCCAGAUUUGAGUACGGUCCAUGGGCAUGGCCAGUUAAAAAGUUCUAGACUUUACGCAGUGUGCAUUUUCAAGUUUUUUUUGUUGCUUUGUUUUUACAUUUUUUGCUCCUAAGUCAACUUUUAAACAAAUUUGAAGAGAAUUAUGUUACAAUGAAGUAGUCAUAGUCAAAACCUAUUUUGCCAAAUUUUUUACAAGAAUCUCUGCUGAGAUGAAAUUAUCUGGUCUUAGUUGACGUUCAUGUUUAGGCUAUCGCAGCCCGUUGCAGGCUAUGUUGAUUCCCGCACCCGCUACUAAUAAAACCCUAUAUUCUAAAUAACUGUUAAUGACAAAUGUUGUGGUAUGCCAACAAAGAAAUAAAACAACACACAAGGUUUUGGUGGGUGAAGGACCGGAUAAUCCAAUGUUUAAGAGGUGUCGACACAUGGCACCAUACCGAGGGGUGCCUCAUACCUGUACUGCAAGGCAAGCAUGGUUCAUACAUUGCUGCUUAAACCUGUAGUGACUGAAGAAAGUGCAGACUGAGAGGGGAUAUAGUAUAUUAAAAAUAUAAAGGCACAGUGCCAAAUAAGGAGAUACCACGUGAGGUAAAACCACAGUGAUCUGCAGGCAAACAGAUUAUUUCUUGCCAACACUAGCUUCUGUUUUAGGCUAAAAUGUCAUAUAAAGACCCAAGACUGUACAUUUGGCGUUUAUAUUCGUCAUGUUAUUGUGUAAACUUGUCAGUUUGGCUUGUGCAUUCAGUUAAUGAUGGCGUCCUUAAACUAAUGAAAGCCAAUAUUUCCAACAUAAAAGUUACAUGCUUCUCUUGACCAAUGUAAAGUUCUCAACUUCACAACAUUUGCCUGUGUCCUUACAGUUUCAGAGCGGUUUUGUAGAUAUUCUGCAAAUAGCAGUUGUCGACUGUGGAGCUAUGUUUUUUAAGCAGUAUUUUGGCCAUUUCUUCUUUGAAAAGUGUGCAAAAUCUUUAGCCUUCUUCUGCAACUCUACCAAACAGCUCCCUCUGCUAUUGCUUCUUCUGCUGUUCCUGUUUCUCUUGAUUUUCAGUACAAACAUCAAGUCCAAAUUUGGUCGACAUUUACUAGUUUUGAAGAAUUAGGUUGGGGUUAACCCAUUCUUCCCUGGGAAUUCUUGCCGAAAAACACAUUUUGAAGCCAAUCAAUCCAUUUUCUUGUCACUGUCUGGCUAUAAAGAGCCAAACUUAUCAAAGAUCCAUUUACAGGUUGUGCGUGUUGCCACCUUCUGUUCCAGAUGCAAUUUAAUGUGAGCUUCUGUAGGUUGGGCAUGUGCAGAAACCAAAAUUUUGAGAUUAACUUCAGUUUUGAAAGUGACACAGCAGUCUUGACUUCUUCCUUUUGCUUUUCUGUCCUCAUUUUUUUCUUUUGCUGGGAAUUACUAGGGUUUUGGAAAUGUAGGAUUUGAUUAUAGAUGGAAGGAAGUGAAGGCAUACCAGUGUAGUGGAACAAAAGUUUCUUUGGAAUUUUUCGGGUCAACUUUUCAUUGGUUUUUGCCUUUUUCUCAUGUCUCCUUGACUUUUUAAUGCUCAUUCUGGUAUGGUGUGAAAGAUCAUUCCCCCCCGUAGCAGUUAGAUGAUUAAGUUACCCUUGACCUCAAACCUCACCUGUCUUUUUUUUCAGAGCUUAGCGGAGGUCUUCAGAUGUUUCAUCUGUAUGGAGAAGCUGCGAGAUGCAAGGCUAUGCCCUCAUUGUUCCAAAAUGUGUUGUUUUCUAUGCAUAAGGGUAAGUACAUGUGAGUUGUCAAUUCAACAGUUCUGCCACGAUAUUUGCUUUUUCUACACUGACUGGUUAUACAUGGUGGAUCAUCUUAGUCAUUAUUAUUGGUCAUGUUAGGCUUUUAGUUUUUGGGCUCCUUACAAUAUUUUCCUUAGAACAAACUGGAAGCCUCGAUAGUUAUGUUUGUACAAUAAUACCAUAAAAUUCCGAAAAUAAGCCCCGAGGCUUAUAUUUUUCAAAGGCCCUUUUUGAAGGGCUUAUUUUUGGAGGGGCUUAUAUUCAGAGGGGCUUAUCUACGGAGGGAAAUUUGCUUUUCAAAAUCAAUUGAGCUAGCUUUAUAGUUGGAAGUAAAUUGACUGUUUUUGCUUUAUUUUGCUUUGUAUUUGAGGGAAAUUUUUUAAGUACAAGACCCUGGGGGGCUUAUAUUAUUUGGAGGGGCGAUUUAACGGAGGGUUUUUUGGAGUAUGCUAACAGUACAUUGCAGAGCUCUCAAGCUAGGCUUCUACACAGCCGUGUUUAGUGUCACCAUGCAACACUCUUCCCCACAAAUGGCUUCUGAGAAUUGAACCACAUUCCUUCUCUUUGUGUUUAUGGUCUAGCUAACAAAUCAAUCAUGUAUGUGAAACUUGACAAGAAGUGAGCUGGGUGCAUGCGGUGAAAUGAUCGUGAACGUUCUUCUCAAUUUUCAAGAAAUCAAUCAAUCCUAAUAAGUAAAGGUUUUGUGAUGUAAACACAAGUAAAAAAAUAAUGCAGAUAAAAUCCAACAAUGUUUCCGUGUCAUCAUGACGCCAUUUUAAAGAUUGAAGUUGAAAAAUUCGGACCGAGAGUAGUGCUAAAUGUACAAUUUUGUGAAGAGAAAUGCAAAUUAAGUCCGACAUGUAAUAAUGUGCAUGCCCCUAGAUACUAUUAAUACAAGUUUAGUGCUGAAAGUCAAGAUUCCCUUGUUGCCAAACAAUCUAUUAGGGGCCAUUGGCAAAAUAUUUUUUAAAUUUUUUAUCACAAUUUUUUUGUCUUUGCAAUGUGCUUUUGCAUUUACAGUAAAUCUUGGGAAAGAACUAGUUGCAAUGUACAUUCUACAAAGUGGCUUCUAUGGUGUAAUUAAAUAAGUUUUCCAAAUGUUUCAAAUGCUUUGAUUUGAUAAUCAAUAACAUGAUCUAACUUAAGUAAUGCAAAUUUUUGAAAGAUGUUUUAGACAGAAUUUUUAUUAAUAAAUACAAAUUGUAUAUUCUUUAGAGCCAGGGUUUUUGCCCAUUUGCACUAAAUUCUGGUAUUGAAAUGCAUAAAGUAACUCAGAUUCACCUUUAGAGAACCACCUAUAAUAUAGGAGUCAAAACUUGCUGAAAAGUUAUUACCAAAAAAGUGCAGUUCACAGCAAUGAUUUCUGAUUGUUUGGACUGAUAAGCUUGCAGGUGUCUCUUGUCAGAAUUGUGUGUAAUUAUAUUGAAAAUGCAGCCUCUACAGUACACACAGCUUAUAAAAGCAGAGACUGCUACAUAAGUGAGGACUGAAACUAACAUAGAAAACUGAAGUAUUCUGUGAAGCUAUCAAUUUAAAUGACUGUGUGCAAUGAAAUUCAAAGUUGUGAUAAUGAAACAUAUCACUGUAAGUUGCCAAUAAUUUUGGAUAGGUAUUGUACAGGGUAUGUGUAAUGUACGGGCUUAAAUGUUUUCAACAGUAAGUGUGCACAUAUAUAUUGUUCUGCUUGAGGCCAUGGGAAUUGUUGCAUUACAUGCGUGUAAACCUGCCAUACUGUGUGCUAUUUACAUGAGAAAAACAUGCAUGUAAGCAAAGUCUACACAAAAGUACAAGGUAAAAUUUAUACAUAAUAGGAAAAAAUUUUUUUCUCAGGCUAUUGUAUAAGAUGUAAUCAUGAUUUAUGUUUUGUGUGUUUUGUCUCCAGCGAUGGCUUACAGAACAAAGACCCCAGUGUCCACAUUGCAGGUACUCUUGGUACAAAAUAGCAUUUUUUAUUGCUUUUUAAACAUUGUAAAAUUAUAUUUUGCACAUGCAGUUCACUGAAAUUACGGGAUCUCUACUUUAAGGUAUAAUAAAGCAAGAAAUCUCAGGAUUUCAUUUGUUAGAAACCACAUAUGUUCAUGAACAUGACUGAUUUCAUGUGUACAGCUCAUGUUUUAUAAACACAACAAUUCUUGGCAGAAACUUGACAAGUAUCGUGUUAAAGCCAGCAACCAGGCUGACUUUUGUUAGAUCUUUGCAUCAAAUUCCUAUGAAUUGUCCAAUUCUGUCAGAUAAUCAUCAUUUUCUUUUCUUCUGCAAAGAGCUUCUUUACAUCUUCAUGAGCUUGUUCAUUGUCGAUGGGUUGAAGAAGUUACACAGGUGAGGUGUUGUACUGUUCAUUGAUGCUUGGCGUGUAGCAGGUUAAAGCUGUGAAACAAGUUCACAGUAGCUAUUAAAUAAUUAUUAUAAUAAGAAUAGUAAUAAAAAGAAUCAGGGUGCAAUGAUAUUCCGUUUUACAGCUUGUCAUUCCAGCAAGCUGUAACGAGAAUGUACUAGCCCAAGAGUCAUUCUAAUUAGCCCGAAAAAAUUUGUUUUGAGCAGGAUGAUGAGCCGGAUUGAUUACAGUUCUUCUGUAAUUUGAAUGCCCCAAAACACUCAACUUGCCCAACAGAAUUCACCAGCCAAGUAGCAAAAUCCACUAGUCCUGGGCUAUCAGGCACCACAUUCUUUGUACGCUGAGAAUGAUAUACAAUAAUAUAGAAGUAAUAAUAAUAAUAAUAAACAUCUGAUUAUAAACUUUGCUGGAUAUAAGCCCUUCUCUAGAUUGUAUUGAAAUGAGUUUUAUUUAUUAUGAUGUUUUGAAGCCUAAUGAAAAACCAGUAAACCCAAAACAUAUUUGAAUUCAAACUUUUAACCAUCACCAAAUAUCCAAAAGUAAAUGCCAGUUCUCAAUUUGUCAGAGAUGUUUGAUGGUGAGUACGGUCAUUUACAGCUGCUGGUAGAGACUUCCCGUUACAUUUAACCUGAGGCCAUUUUAUCACUGCUAGAAAUACCAUUUUUAAGAAAAUGACAGACAGAUCACACAAGUUUAAAUUUAUCCACAAAAUUCACAGUUCCUGUUUUCAUUUCUAACAGUGCAUGCACCAUAUUAAACCCUCCAAAAAGUCAACACAUGCAUUUACUUUGUUCUAGUUUAGAGCCUUUUUGUUGAAAUCAAGUUAGCAGUGCAUGAAAGAAGCGCUGUUUCUCACAACAUCAUAUGGACUAAUAUUAGUUAGAUAUUUAGGGCCUAAGCUUGAGCAGUUCAUGGGGGCGUUAAUAUUCUUGUGCCUCCAUGAAACAACCUCUUUAAUAUCCUUAUUUAAUCCAUAAUGCCUCCUAGCUAGAUUAGCUUUUUAGCUAUUUUCGGAUCAUUUUUACUGCCCACCUACCCCUCCCCUAAGCCAACAUUUUGAUCUAAGUAAGAACUAAGUGUUAAUGUUGGUUUAGGGGAGGGGUAGGUGGGCAGUUUCCCAGAAACGUAAAAUGAUCCCUAUUUUCUAGGUGCCUUGUACCUUACAUAAGUAGUAUUGUCUUUUUUUUAAUGUCGUUUUUUUCUGUGUUUUGUCUAAUUAUUCAUAUCCCUUAUGCUGCUUAAUUUUGUUUCAUUUUAGUGUAAAGUAUUUUAGACAUUUUGUAUUUAGCAUUUAACUUUAAUAGAUUUAGCUUGCUCAAACUACAUGUAGCACCAUGUUGCUGUAUAUUGUAAGUGAGUUUAAAUGAAGAUUCUAACUGAUUGUUAAGUGACAAUAUAAUAUAUGUAUGUCUUGUGUGGGAAAAUAGUAUUGUUGUCAUUUCCUAACUGCGUAUAAAUUGUGUAGUUUUCAUUAUUGUUAAAUGUCAUUUUAGUGGAUAUAAAAAGCAUAAGACUCAUUAGGAAGUGUGUGGGACUUGAAAGAUUCUAUCAAUAGAUUGGCUGUCUGGUGGCCCACCUUAAAUUCCUAAAUGGACUUUCUAUUAAAGCAGUCUGAUCUAUGUUAAUUCAGAUUUUUUCAUGACAUGUGCCAUGUUUUAGGGACAUGGUUAAUUCAUACAACUUAGCUUUUAGUAUUCUUGCCCUUUACUUUUAGCUUUUUUUCCUGUUAUAAAUUUCAGCAACUGGAUUCUCUUCAGUUAACUGGGCCUCCAAAAACCAAGGAUGAAGCAGAUAAAGAUAGGUGGGUGCUGAAUUAAAUGCCAGUUCAGGAAAGAAUGUUAUUGCAAAGUUAUUAGAGCACAUACAAGUUAAAAUUUGCAUAGGUUUAAUUUAUUAGAAGAAACGUUUCUUGACAAAGCAGGUGUUGCCUAAAGCUACAUGUACUUUGCUAGAUUCUGAAUUUGAAUCUGCACUCAUUUUCAAGGCCACAAAGCUAUUGUAUAAAUGAAGUGAUUCUGUAUACACCAUCAUUCAGAUCAGACAUUGAUAAUACACGGAACAGUUACAUUUUUUCUCCAAAUGUAAAGUCAGCACCUGUAUAUAUAGUCGUGGCAGACAAUUUUCAUAAUCAAACCAUGGAAAACUAUACGUAGUAUGUGCAAGCUUUGGCUCAAAAUUAAAAAUUCAAGUAAGUAUUAAUCAACCAUUUACAGUCCACUGAAAACAUUUCUCAGUUUGGUGAUUUUUGAUGAUUGAAUUGAAAGAAUAAUCAUGUUUUUCUGCCGUGAACUAGUGGGCUUAGUAAAUCGGUCAGUGCAUAUAUAUGUCUGGUCAUGGCCAUUUCAGCUAAAGAGGACUUCUUUUGUAGAUAAGUAUGGUAGUUCAUUGUAUUAUUCAAUAUCUAUUUUGUAUAAAUAAUAGUACAUUUUCAAAAGUUAUGGUUCUCAAGGUGUUAUUAGUCGAAAGUAAUACGUACCCAUAAGUUCUUUUUGUUUUCUAACAAUUAUUCUUUAUGUAAUGUCAGUUAAAUUUAUUUUUUGUUUUGCAGUAAGUGUAAUAAACUUGAUUGUAUAUCUAUGUCAGAAAACAGGAAUUUGGUCAAUCCUUUGAACAUAUGCUGUAGUUUAAAAUAUGUUUUAUAAAAAAACAUAAUCCUCAUGAAACAACUAGUUUGAAGUUUUUUCAACCUGAAAUUUUUAUAAAACUAAAACGUACACUGUACAUGCUAUAUCAUUUAGUACUGUUCACAAUAUAAUUUUCCCAUUGUUAAGUACCCCCUACUAUUUUAGUUUUGGUUAUUGUAUCAUUUGAGUAGUUUUUGUGAUGAGUGUGCAUAAUUGUUGCAUAAAUUAUGCAAUAAUGAUGCACACUUACCACCAUGGGAUAGUGGGGCAAGGUGUUAUAAGUACUUCAUAUAGUAUGAUUUAUGAUCUAAUGGGUAUAACUCUUGCUUCAGUUUGGGUGUGAUGACAUUACAUGAAGUAAUUUUUUAUUAUGUUGCAGAUGUGAUAUUCACCAUGAGAAACUUAGUGUUUUCUGCAGCACCUGCAAACAGUGUAUCUGUCACCAGUGUGCCUUGUGGGGUGGAAUGGUAUGUAGUAAAUGUAUACAUUGUAUAAAUGAGGUUAAAUAUACUUAUUUAACUUAGUUAACGAUGAGAAGCUAGCAGCUCAGUAGUUGGCUUGGCGUUAGCAUGGCGUUUUGGUUUGUUAGUAUUUUAUUGGUGUACUUUGGCGAUCUUACAGUUAUCCUACGCUCUGGUGUUUUUGCCAAGGUUUGCGUUACUGUACUAGGCCUGUUGCGGGGCAAUUUCCAGCGCCCCUGGGUCAGCAGUUUACUGUUGCAAUUAAUUUUUACGCGUGCGUAUUUGCCUGUGCUUGUAGUUUUACAGUUAUAGUGCUUUUACCUCCCCUCCUCACCCCUUAUUGUUAUUAUUAGUACAUAUUAUUAUUGUCCUUAUUUCUCCACUGAACUCUUGGUUCAGUGUGACAGGUGCUUGGGCCAGGGCUGAGUGUGGCGGGUGGGGCUCGUGGUUGGGUGUGUGGGUAGGGCAGGCUUUUGGGGUGCUCUUUCUACCUGGGUUAGGGGUCAGCGGCUCAAGUCCCCAGGUUCCUAGGCACCCAACCUCCAUGUGCGAUUCAGGCAUUAAUGUUAUAACUAAGCAAUAGUUAGUUUUACCUCACCUAAUGUUUUGUUUGAUUUUGAACAGCACUCUGGUCACACAUUCAAGCCUUUGGAUGAAGUGUAUGACCAACAUGUGUCCUCUAUUACUGAUGAGGUGGGUUUCUGAAUAAGUCAUCUUUUUUAAGGUGGACACUGUCAGGUCCAGCUGCAACGCUUGUCUAGAAUUUAUUACUGGCAAUAAAAUGCUUGAACAAACAAAAUUCCUAGUGGAGCUCUUGCGCUUGCGAAGUGCACACAGCAGAGCACCAUGGGUAAGAAAUUUGGUUGUCUGUGCAUCCAAGAAAUUUUAGUUUGACAAUUGUCCGUACGUACGUCCGAACAUUUCUGUUAGCGGAUGUGAAACAUCUUACUCACCAGCUUAAAAGUGCUAGGCAUAUACAAAAAAGAAAAAUUGUGUUUAACUUGAUAUUGGACAUCUGUGUUAUGAUCAAUUGACAGGACUUGGUCAAAAUAGGGUUUCCGCUAAACAGAGUCACAUGGCUGUAUUGCAGGUUUCAGUUGUCACAGUUGACCAGUUAUAGUAUUGAACUGAUUGCAGGCACAGAAAACUUCAGAAAAAAGUUCUCAAAAGUUCCCACAAGAGCUUUGCUUUUGAAUUGGCUAAAUCUAUAUAUUAAUCUACAUAUUAAUAAUUGAACGUAGCCCUGAAAGAAAAGAUCCAUGACUUAUAGGGAGGUCCAAUGAAGUUAGUCUAUGUUGACUGUAAAUACAUGUAGAACCGUGAUUCUUCUUUUCCAUUCCUUGAGGGAUUUUGAUCUAGACAGAAUCUGAAGAUGAGCUGCUGUGACGUCUUUAUGUUUCAGGUUGCUGCAUUAAGGAGAAGACUUAUGGAACUUAUUAGCCUAGUGCAAGAAGUGGUAUGUUGAUUUGUUUGCAAAAUCAGUCAAGUUCUAUAGCGAAUACCUUUACCUUUAUUACUUUUGUUAUUGCAACUUUGAUGCAUUUCCUGUAGCUCCAUAAAUUCUCCAUAAUCCCUCUAUGGAAGGAACCAGAAAUUCCUGCAGAAGGAUGGGGUAUCAAAGACCAAAAAAUUAAAAGAAAUGUAGAAAGCUGUAUGGGAAUUUCCAGACACUCUUAGGAAAAAUCUUUCCUGUUCCAUGGAGGAGGAAAGGAUUCUCUUGGGAACUACAGUAUGACUGUGUUGCAGAUAUUAUAAUAAUUCAAUAUUAUUUAUGUCUGUACUGCUCUUUAGGUCCUAUUUAACUAGUUAUAAUUAUUAUGAAUUUCCUUCUAGGAACGCAAUGUUGAAAGUUUACGAGAAGCUAAAGAAGAGGUAUAUUAAUUUGUCAAGUAAUAUUACAUAGCUGUGGUCUAGCAUAGCCCGGUGGCCCCUAGCGCCUAACUUUUGCUCUCAGGGCAAUUAAAAAAUCUUUCUUUUUCAUGCAAAUCUUAUACUGGACACCCUAGAUUUUACACCAACAGAGAGCAGUGGGCUUCUUUCAAUUUUCCUUAGAGCACAACCUUUUUUCUAGUUACCUGAUAUAACUAUUAAUGGUCAGUGAUACACGUUGCAUUUGUAGAAUGUAAAGGAUGAUCAAGAGGUUAAUAUCAGUUUAUAGUAAAUGAAUGUUUCUAUUAUUUUGUUACUCAUUUGUGCAGCGUGUCCGUGAGAUCCGUAAUGCAGUGGAAUUGAUGAUAGCAAGGCUAGAUACUCAACUGAAGAGUAAACUACUGACUCUUAUGGGUAAGUCAUGAAUCAGUCAUCAAGAGCAGGGACACAGUCAUAAUUUCUUGACAGUUUGAUUUUUUUCUGUUUACUUAUACCAAUCAUGAUAAUAAUAUUAUUGCUUUAUAACACGUGAGUACCCUUUUGCUAAUUAAGGUGGUGUUGUACCUGUUAAUGAAUACUCUGUACCAUCUACACCUACAUAUGCAGGGCUUGAAAAAAGUCAUGUCUCCUCAUUUCGAACAAAAUUUUUUUUUCUGGAUAAGUAACUCUUUAAGCUUAUUUUCCAAAUGGUUUAUGGACCAAGCAAGUCAUCUGGUGAUUAAAACUGAGGCAACCAAGCAAUGGCCCCUUUUCUUCCGGUUUCAAGCCUCAACCCUGUUACAUUUAACAGAAGCUCUGUCACCAUUGCAUUGGUUUGGACUCCAAUGUUUUUGUUAGUAAUAAUGAGUUGGUGCUUCUUUUGUACAAACAGGACAAAAGAACUCACUAACUCAGGAGACAGAAUUAUUGGAAUCAUUGUUACAGGAAGUUGAGCAUCAGGUUUGUGUCUCCUAACUUACAGUUACCAUAAUUGUGGCUUUAGAAGUUGGAAAAAAAAAUUAUUACUUGGGCAGUCAUUUCUUUUAGGGGACAUUUAUUAGCAUAAGUGUUCAAGACCACUUAAUCCAGCUUCUUCAGUCUUCUUGUAUUAUGCUCUAGUUUAACUAUUGAGCACUCAUAUAGUUGAUGAGGAUGUCACUCUGGUACUGUGGACAUUAAAUAUUAAUUCAUGUACAUUGAUAUGUGAUUUUUCUCUUCUCAUAGCUUCACUCAUGUUCCAGAAGUGAGCUGAUUGCAAAAAGUGGGGAACUUCUGCAAAUGUUUAAUCAGGUAUUUAAAUGAUUUUCAGUGGUGCUUUCAUUGGCAUUGUUCCUCUCUUCAUAUGCUGGAUUGGACCUGUAUCAUUUAAACAAAGUGUAUAAAUUUACAGUGGUUUUCAUUGAAAAGUCUGUCGAAAAAAAUUAAUACAACGUAUAUUUAAUGCAAGACUAAACCUUAACUUCAGUUAUGAUUGACAGGAUUGUCAUUAAGCAAUGUUCGUUUUCUUAGGUUCAUCGAAAGCCAAUGGCAUCUUUUGUGAGCCCUCCAAUACCAGCUGACUUUUCAAGGUAAGUUUUCAAAAAUUCUGAAACUUGUGGAUUAAACUGGUUUGUUUCUUUAAUAAUAUUGCUACAUGCGCCCUGUUUAAUUUAUUUACUGCCUUGGCAACCUUCUUGUUAUAAAUUGCUAAAUGUUGUUUGAAACGUAUUUCCAUUAUUUUUUGUCUACAAGCAAAUGCCUUGUACCUGAAUUUUCUCCUCCUAAGCUUUCACUUCCCCCUCCUUCUCUGCUCCCUUCCUUUUCCUCUCUUCAUCCUAGUUUUCUUCCUUCCUCUUUUCUUCUUCCUUCUCAUCCCCUUCUCCUCCUCCCCUGCCACCCCCUCCUUUUCAUCCCCUUUCCCCUCUUGCCUGCCCCUCUACAUCCUCCACAUCUUUUUCUUCCUUCUGCAUUUUCCUCUCCUUUUUUCUUUACCUCUUACCCUUUUCCCUUCCUUUACUCUGCCUCCUCCUCCCUCUCCUCCUUUGCCUUCCCUUCCUUUACAUCUUCCUUCUCUCCGGCUUCCCAUCCUUCUCCUUUUCCUCUCCCUCCUUCUUUCCCCUUCUCCUAUCCUGCUUCCCCCCAUUCUCCUUUUCCCCGAUCCUGCUUCCCCCCAAAAGAAAUCCCCAUUUGAUUCCCCCGACUUGUUGUAUUUACCUCCUCUUAGUGACCCCUCUCCCUCCUCUCCUCCUCUCUCCUCCUCUUCCUCCUCCCCCACCUCCACAACCUCCCCCUGGCUUCUCACCCCUUUCCUUUUCCUUUUCCUUUUCCUCUCCCUCCUUCCUCUUUUCCUCAAGAGUAAAAUAUUUUUAUCUUGAUGUUUAGUGAAAUUGUGCCGGGAUAUGACACUAGCACAUUCUGCAUCACAAAUUUCAGGUAUGUUUUUCUCUCUAUGCUGUAUUAUAAGGCCAUCAAUGAUGACUUGCUGUAUAUAUAAACUCUUGUGACUCAAGUAAUUUGAAUUACUCAAGUGGAAUUUGAAUUAUACCUUGGUUUAUAAAUGCAGGGCUGUCAGUGGAACUUCCCAUACUAACGAACCUCUAUUUUAUUGGAAAAUAGAAGAAAAAAUCCUUGGUGUUUGAUUCAAAUUAUUUUGGCAACUUGAAAUUUUAGUGACAACCCUGAAAUGAUUUUCUUUACCUCAGUAAGAGUAAAAAUAAUAUAUGAAAAAGAACCUUGAUAUAACGAAAGCUUGGUAUACAGCAAGCAAAUUUUGCCAGUCCCUUGGCCCUUUCAUUAUAUCGAGGUCCCACUGUAGGAGGUUGUAAGGGUGUGAAAACAUAGAGAUCAAGGAAUGACUGUUUCAAGGGGUUGGCAGCAGUUCAGUGACUCAAAGAGGCAUCAGAGCAAUCUGCAUGGAGCUGUUAAAAUUUAAAAAUAAAUGACAAGCAUUGGAGGGAAGUCAGGAAAAUGAAGAUGUUGGUUUGAGAACAAAUAAAUUGCCUUCUUAAGAAACCACUGGUAAAAGGAAGGGCUUGAAAUCCUUCUCAGUGCAGAAGGUAUGGGUUUCUUCUAAAAUAAUAAUAUUUUCAGUGAUGUACAUCUCUGCAGCAAAGUCUUAGCUGUAUUUUGUUUGCUGCAUCAAGUUAUAUCAUAUUCCAACAAUAUUAUGGAUAAUUGUAUGGUAGACGGAUUCAUAGCAUUAAGAAUAAGAAAAUUCUAAUAAUUGUUUAAUAUUUAAUAUGUUUACAAUUUUAUUGUAAUUAUGUAAGAUACAUUAACAUGUUCAAUUGUAUUUUGUUAUUUGUAAACAUGUUUAGUUUACUGCGGCGAAAGGCAGAUCCUGUUUAUAGCGAGCCUCUAAAUGUCAGUGGUCUAAGCUGGAGACUCAAAGUUUAUCCGGUAAGUUUGUGAUUUCUGUUAGCAGGAGAGCAUACAUGUUAACUUACUUGUGACCUCUCUUGCCUGUGAAAUCUUUUAAGUCCAUUCUGCAAGAAAUUUCAGGUGUUCACUUUUAUUGUUUUUUUUUUCAUUCUUUUUAAGGAUGGUAAUGGUGUGGUCAGAGGUAACUACCUGUCAGUGUUUUUGGAACUUUCAGCUGGAUUGCCGGAGACAUCCAAGUAAUUAUUCCAUCGUCUUGUUUGUCACUGAUCUUUGUUUUAGACUGACAGCAGUCCUAAGUCAGGGUUUUCAUUAAGUGCUGGCAACUGGCUUAAAAAACCAGCUACUUCGAAUUUUGAGCUGCCUACUUUUGGAGGAAAAGGUGAAGUGAGGAAGUGAAAGCCUGAAAUUGCUUUCAGCACUAGAUUGCAAGCCUCCUCCUUUUCCACUCUAAUUGUCUACUUUAAAACUAAAUGAGAACCUUGUGAGUACAUUGUACAUAAUGUCAUGUAAUCAGUAAAGUGGAAAGCCCACCAUGUGAAGUGUCUUAAAACCACAUUUGUCGUCUAUCCUUUAUAGUAUGAUAAUUUUUGUCAUUAUUUGUUGAUCAUUUAGAUAUGAGUACCGUGUUGAAAUGAUACACCAUGCUUCUCCAGACUCCAGCAAGAAUAUUGUUAGGGAAUUUGGUGAGUUUCAAGGGAUCUAAUAAGAAAUUGUUAAUUUGCGUGGAGAGAAAUGUUAAGCCUUUGUUUUAAAACUACUGUCACACUCAGCUGGUGGUCUAUAUUUGUAACUGUUUUAGACUCUUCACCAUGAAGUGAGGCAGAUUUUCUUCUUAUUAUAUUGUACCAAUUCACGAGAUAACCAAAACACUAAGGAAGAAAGUAUUAUGCCAUAAAUCUCUUUUUUUUCUCUCUCUCUUCAUCGUAGCAUCUGACUUUGAAGUUGGUGAAUGCUGGGGUUAUAACAGGUUUUUCCGGCUGGAUCUCUUGGUAGGUUUGACGCAUCUAUAGUAAAUCUGUACUAGUGUACAAACUGUAUACUAUCGUUCUGUAGCAUGCCCAAGGCAGGGCAGUAGGUUAAUCAUAUUUAAGUACAUUGUUUAUUCUUUGAGCAUAAAGUGACUCUGCUAAUGAUUAAAAUUUUCUCUAGGGAAGUGAAGGCUACCUAAACAUAGCUAAUGAUACAUUGAUUUUGAGAUUUCAAGUGAGACCCCCAACAUUCUACCAGAAGUGUAGAGAUCAGCAGUGGUAUGUUUAUUUUCUUGUCUAUUAUGCUUGCUUGUGCAGACCUCUUCAAGUUUGAGGGUGCUCUAACGUUACUAUGUAAGGCACUGUGGGUGAUGGUAGUUUGUACAUAAAAUGAAGUAAUCAAAUUUUUUUGUUGGGAUCAUUUUCUGAUCCAAUUCUACUUCAAUUCUACUUCUUGUAAUAUUUUAUUGUUCUUUUCUAUAUGUUUAGUAAGUAUAUUGAUUAUGAAUUGAUUUGUGCAAUAGGUAUAUCAACCAACUGGAGACUGGCCAAACUCAGUACAUCCAACAGAUUAAUGAUUUAAAGGAGGUAAGAGCCAAUUUACAUUUUGACACAUUCAUCAAUUUUUAACAUGUUGUGGCAUACAGUACACAGGAAUUUUUGGAAAACCGAGCGUAGGAUAAUAUAAUGGAACCCUGUGUGAGCAGUGUGGUUUCUUGAAUCAACUCGAAUCAGCCAGAUUGUUUUGGUGAAAUACCCAUCUACUAAAGCAUCGAGUCACUGUCUUGCUUCUCUCGAUUGCAGCGGCUUGCUAUUGAGCUGUCCAGGAAUCACCCAUCCACAGCAGCAUCAGCAGCGGCAGCAGCUGCAGCUGCUGGCAGCAUCUCGGACACUAGUUAUGUGUCACUGCUAGAACAAUCGCUUGACAAUAUUGAGGAUGACAAUGACCUUGUGGUUACUAGGCAACAAGGUGACUCACAGGUAGUAGUGAGGCAAGGACAGUCUGCAAGGCCACGUGUUACAGUACACACUGCUGUGGAUGUAGAAACUGCCUCAGGUAUUAUGACCUUCUCUCUUGAGUGCAACUUCCAAUAGCAGACACAACUUUUAAUAACAUUCUUUUCCUACUGGCCUCAGCAGGCUUGUGAAUAACAUAAUAGCUCAAACGUUUCUCGAUCCCUUGUUCUAUCUUUAAUAUAAGACUCUGUCUAUCAAUACAAUUUUACAUUAGGUCCGAGUCUGCCUGCAUCUGAGGAAGGUGAAGAAGUAGUUGAUGGAGACACUAAUGAAGAUGAAGAAGAUGGUGAUGAGGAAGAGGAGGAGGAAGAAGAGAAUGAGGAGGAGAUUUGUGCAGACAGUGGUGAAGAGGAACAGGAAGUGCAGGGGAGGGGUGAGGCUGAAGAGGACACUUCUGAACCAGAAGCCAGUGAGGAGGAUUCAUCUUUGAGAGGUAUUGAACCCACUAUACCUAUGACUUUGGAUUCUAAUUUAACUUACGAUGAACAUAUAAUUAAAACCGCUUCCUCGCUUGAAGAUAAACCGGACAGCAGGUUAUUUUAUUGCUCCAAUGUUUGGUCAAAUACCAAAUGAAUAAUGUCCAACAAGUUACAGUGAGGAGGAUUCAUCUUUGAGAAAUUGGUUUCAUUCCCAGAACCCACAAUGGCUUUUAAAUACCCACCCCCUGAAUACCCAUCAAAAUUCCCAGAGGUUUGAGAAAAAAUUCACAGCUUUUACAAAUUCCCUUUUUUAGAACAGCUUCAGAGAACAUUUUUCUAUAGAACUGUGAACUUAUGGAACUCCUUAGACAAUUCCUUUAAACUGAACUCGAUUGAUGUUUUUAAAACUCGUUUACGUACUAAAUUACUUAAAGAAUUGUAAUUUUAUAUAUAUUUUAAAACAUUUUUAAUUGUAAAUAGGAUCAUGUAUUGUCUUUGAAAAGCCCCUUGGGAAAGUCAAUAAAGUAUGUAUGUAUGUAUGUAUGUAUACCCACCCACCCCUCCCUUUUGAGAAAAAAAGUUAUUUAAUUGAAGAGUUUCCUGAGAAAAGGGUGUAAUUUGCUUAUUAUUGAUAAGCAAAUUACACCCUCUUUCCAGGAAACCCUUCAAUUAUCAUGGUUUUUCCUGGCAGAGACAUUACAAAUUCAUGAAUUGAAAGUGAACACGAUCUUCUCAGUAGAAUGAACGACCUGAAUGAUUGAAAAAGAACCUAAAAAAAUUCUGGAUCAAACCCUGACUUUGAGUUAAACAGAUGCAAUACUCUAUCCAGUGAGCUAAUACAGCUAAUUAGAGAGCAAGUCAUUGUGAGUCGCAAUGGUGGAAAUAAAAUGAAUUGAAAUAUGAAAUGAAUCAUGUAUUGAACUGGGGAUAAAGAUAUGAAAGUGAACAUAAUCUUUGCAGUAGAAUGAACAACCUAAGCGGUUUAAAUUGUCACACCAUACCGUUACAAGUUUAUCUUUCACAUCUCAGGCAGACCAUCCAAGCAGCUGUUAGGAAAAUUUACAGUAAAUGUGUGACAUAAAAUAGCAUACUUGAUAUCAUGCUCUCUUUUGCCUAAACUCAGUUCAGGUGGUCUGCUUGAGAAAUCUCCCUCAUUAACUUGUUUUUGAGGGUCUUGAAUUUUUUCCCUUAAAACAGAGUAUUUAUACCAAAUUAUAGCAGACUAAAAUUUUUAAGGCAAUUUGAAUUCAAAUUGUUUCAAGGGUAGGAAUAGGCCUUUUUCAAAAAUACCAUGAUGAUAUUUUUUGUUAUCCCUCCAAUAGUUUUCAUAAGCAUUGUUUUCAAAUUUGUCUUGGGCAUUUUCAAUUUCUUCUUGCCUGCUUGGAACCAGCAAAACAGGCUAAAUGGUUUUUAAAAUUUUAAUUGUCCUGUUGCAAUGUUAAAAUUUUUGUGAUUGGCAAUGUAGUGACAGUAGAUAAUAUAAUUAAAGUUACACGGUGAAAGGUCCUCUAUCAGACAUUUGCCUGCUUGUUGGUUUUAGUUGAGGCUUUAGAGGAGGAAGCUGUCACACCUGAAUGUUUACCCAGCUCUGAGAGUCCCCGAGAAGAACAGCCAGCUCCGCCGCAUAAAGAUCAGAAUGAAGCGUGGAGCGUCGAGGACAUUCACCUAGAAUUCUUUGACAUCAACUGCAUGCCUGAGCAACGUGAAGAAGUGCAAGCAAAGCCAGAUGGAUCGUCUUCUCAGGCAAGCUGUGCUACCUGUCAUUCCUCUAACCAGGGUCCUGUUAUUGAUGCAGAGGAAAGAGCGCUGCUAAAUUUGCUCAGGUUUGACAACAGGGGACCAAGAGGUUCACGAUGGAAUGCUUCUGCAGUGUCUAGGAGAUAUGUGACUCUUGUUGGAUGGCCCAAACGAGGGGAUGAAGAGAGGAUGAAACACAGAGACAGGGUGAAAAAGAGGGCACGCUUAGAGAAGACCAACAGCAUGUUGGAGAGGUUGCAGAGCUGUUUAAACCGGGCUGAGGCUCAUAAAGCAGCCGCGGCUUCUCUUGACAGUGCUAAAGCCUUGGAAGGUAGAGUGCUAGAUGGUGAUUAAUGAUAACUCACUGCCAAACUUUUACAACACUCUGUUUGCAUUGUGGGUAAAUACAGUUAAUUCUCUUUUAGUGGACACCUCUGUAAAGUGGACAUCUUGAGAUGGUCCCUGUGUUUCUUUACUUCCUUUAUUUGACUCUCUACAAGAGGGACGUCUCUUAGUGCUGGUCCCAAUGGUGUUUGUCUUGGGGAGAGUUAACUGUAUUGUGUAUCAACAACAACACAGAAAAGUAUUAGCAACAACCACAUUGACAUGAGAACGAAUAGCUGAGGAGAGAUCAAGGUUUAAAUGUGUACCACUUUUAGGUUUAUUAAAAAGCACUAAUCUUAUUGAACCUUUUUUUUUGUUGGGGGCGUGGGGUUAAGGUAGAGAGAGGGGGUUAGAAAAUCAUCUUUUGUUAAAAUAAUGACUAUAUAUAUCAGGGGAGCACGAAGUUUGUGCCUGUCUCUAUGUGACAGUUAGCGUGGAAGCAAGCUCUCUGGUGGCUCUCGGGCGGGGCAGGAAAAGGAAGGAGAGCUUGCAACUAUGUCUCUCGAAUUUGAAAAUCUGCAUCAAAAAGGUCGAUGCGAAAUGCUGAUUGGCAGAGGUGACAUAAUUAAAGAUGUCAUUACCCUUGGUACAUGUUUUUCAAUGUUUGUUUACAUUCGUGUUUGUUUCUACUUUGCGCUAAUAAGUGGGAAUCUGACAGCUCAGUCUAGCCACAGGGGAAUUGGAGGUAGAAUUCAAAUUCCAGAGACGUAGUUGCAAGCUCUCCUUCCUCUUCCUGCCCCACUGCCAGAGUGCCCUGGAGAGCUUGCUCACAGGCUAUAUGACAGUUGCUUUAUGUACUAAGACGUUUAUUUGCACAUGUGUUGCUUUCUUUUUUAGAAUCACUGUUGAAUGGCAGCCAAAACAAGUUGUCAAAAUCUGGUAAUGUCAGACCUCAUCGCAGAGGUGCCUCACUUCCAAGCUUGGAUACUGGCAAUGCUUCGUCUAAAAAAGCAGGUGUGAAUAGUUAGCUUGCGUUUGUUUGUUUCUGUAUAGCUUUCAUUUCGCCUCAAGUGGAUAAGUCUUGUAUGAUGUAGUGACCUAUUACCUAGUGUUGUGCUAAGUCUGUAAGCCAGCAGAAACUGCUGAAGCGAUAUUCCAACUUAUUACCUAGAGUUGUGUGAAGUCUGUGUCCCUCAAAACAAAUCAAUAAUUUUGUCUUUGAGCUUAAAAAAAGAACAGUUAAAUCGUGUCAUUGUGAUGCCAUUUUCAAGUUCAACACGUUGAACUUGAAAACAGUAUCACCUUUUACUGGUUUUUGUAUUACAAAGCCUUUGCUUAUUGGAAUGUAACAAAUGCAAAUGUUCAUUAUGAUGAUUAUUGCAGCCGUCCUUUGUUACACCGCAUAAUGCCCUACCCAACAAAGAAACUUACUAGUUAGUUGUUUGGGGAGACUAGUCUUUGUACUGAUGCAUGUGUUGUUUGAUCAAUGUUGGCAGGUGGAGUCACAGCUUGUAUUAUGGCUCCCGAUCAUGACGUAGGAUGUGUUAGUCCCGAACCUGACAUUUCAGUACCUCAUCACUUACCAGAAAUGGACACAGACACUCCACGGUAUAGUAAAGUUGUUGUUUGCUUGUCUUGUCUCCCAAGAACUCCUUAUACAAAUCAGGCAUUUUUGCAUGGCUUUUGAUUGUGGGAAAAGUGGUUUUGAAGGUUGCCCCCUCUCCCCACCUGAUCCAGAAAUAUGUGAGGUCCUUUCAGGGUAAAAUUCCAACAAGCGACGUUGUUUUGAAACAGCUAAAUAAGACAGCUGAAAUUUUGACAACCAACACAAAGAUGGGUUUGAAAAUGCAACAGGGACAAAGAAAAGAUACAGUGGUGAAAUACUGACAGGAACAUGUCUUAAUUUAACCUCAAUAUGCAAUGUGAUGGGCUUUGAAAUUCAGACUAGGGACAUACGCACUCUCUGCUUCCCCUAAGAGGGCCUUGUUAGUGGUGUUUUUUAGAGGUAACAAAAAGAAGUCCUGUUAAAAAAUAUAUUUACAACCACAAAUGAGGAACUCAACUUGGAAUUGCCAAGAAACAAAUUCAACUAGUGGUCCGGACGUAAGUUUAAUUCAGAGCCUCGAGAUUGUAAAAAAAGUCAAGUGUGCUGACUUCUCGGUCACACUGCCUCUAUCUCUGGAGCUGCGUGAUUGCCCCAAUGUUUCCUUUUGGGUACCAUUUGCAAUUGCUAGGAUCUAAUGUUUCUAAACACAGUCAUUUUCUGUGCAAAAUAACUUUGUUUGAGAGGGACCAGACAGCAUCCUUGAUAACUAACACUGUGUGACUUUUUUGUGAAGUGUGCGUAAAAUGAGGUACCAUUUUUACUGUAGCACCAUCAAGUCAGUCUGUUCAAUGAACCAAACGCUGAUACCGCGUUAACACUCUGUCUUCUGGGUAAACCUUGGUUGUAUUAGAUUGUAUGCUUUUGUGUGUGCUGGGUAAAACUCGGGGAGGCUGGGGUGAAGGGAAAUAAUGCAUGUUGCACAGCCUGGCUGAAUAGUCAUCAUAAAACUUUUCAAGUGAAUAAAAGUUCACAGAACACACAUGGCUUUUCAUUAGAAGUAAUAUGGAAAUGACAAAUGUCAUAUUCAAUUGCAAAGUACUUCGACUAUAUUUGCCUGCCGUUCUGAACAUGAGUUGGUGGUCUUUGCUCGAAGUAGGUUAUAGUAAGUCACCAAUCCUGUUGUACCAAUCACUUAUUGUGGAUUUGUUUUCAGCUCUCGAAAUAAGGAUACUAAACGGAAGGUACAUAGAACCAGCACUAGCCCCUCUUUGGUUGGAAGCGAAGGUAAUACCUCACAACUGAAAUGUUGGGCAGAAUAUGUUAAUAUUAUCUGUAAUCAAAAAUUUUAGAUUUCUUAAAUUAUUAGUAGGUAGCCAGUUAUUUUAAACAGAACUCAGUGGACUAGUUUGCAGUAUAGUAAGUGCAUGGCUUUCACUUAUUAUAAAUUUUUAUGACUUGCGGAUUUGUGAGGUAACUGGUGACGUUUUCUUCUUCCCGCCUUCCUUUGCACGCAAAUUUUCAAUGAGAGAGAGACGUCUAGGUAUGAGGCAUUAUCAAAAAGACUGUAUUCUGCUCCUGAACAUAAUUCUGAUAUCAUCAUUUUCAUCUGUUUUGUAGGUCUUCAGUUGAGUUCUCAGUUGUUUUCAGAUCUAAAACGUGCUUCAACUAUCAAUAAAACCCACAGAAUGAGAUACUCUGCAACUGAGGAAGAACUUCUGCAGUCGCUUAGCAAUGCAACUCAGUCUGUUCCUGCACAAGGUAUCUUCACAUGAAAAGAAAAAGUCUUAUAUAGGAUUCUUUUUGUAAUGAAGCUUCUUGUAUGAUACAAACAUUUUGAUCAUUAAUUUUUUGGAAUUUUCCAAAUAUUUUAGAGAAGUUGAGGCAGAUAAUCUUGUUUGUAAACAGGCUUUCUAGUGAGAGAUAAGUGCAGGAGGAGACCAUAGGAAGGUUCACUCUCCCUCCCCCUACCCCCACAGUUAUCUUUUGGUUUGCAUUGCUCUGUCUCAGUUUUCUUUAAACCUUAUUGCCAACUGGAAGUCGAUCCUUUUCACUCUGGGAUCAAUUUAAUAAAACAUUACAAGUGUAAUCAUUCAUUCAUUCUUUUCAUUCAUUCAUUCUUUAUUUGCCAUAUAUACAAAAUUUUACAAUUUAAGGUUGGAAUAAUGAGAUUAAAGAAAAAGUAAAUGGCGAGGAGACCUGAAAGAAACCAUGAGGCUUAUAAUGAGUCAGCUCUCUUCAACUUAGGAUAAACUAGUGUUGAUAAUAUAAUUACAAUAUGGGCUUAUGAUGGCUAACUUUGACCGCGAACUCACACACACACAUACAAACACACACACACAGUCAUGUUAAAUUAAUUCAUCUAAUAAUCUACUUAGUGCCAUACUGAAGCUAAUACAUACUGAGAAGGAAUUCUUUAAGCUUUCUUUUAAAAGAAGCAGAGGAGGACAAACCAGUUAUAGUAGAAUUUAGCGAAUUAUAAAACUUUGGACCUUGGAAGUAAAUUGAGAACUGUCUGGUGUUCCUUCUGCAUAGUGGCAAGCGAAAAGAGUGGGCAUUCCUAGUAUUAUAAUUAUGGAUUUGACUGUUUAUUAGAAAGACCCUCCAAGUUGUGCCCAUUUUGGUUGCCGUGGCGCCUAAUAUUCUGGAGCUGGCGACUUGAUUUGUAAAAAAGUCUCCCUAAACCAAAAGAGUUGGUUGCCAAGUGGCGACCUAGCAAAAACUUUAACUUGGAGGGUUGGUAAUUUACUCAGACUCUAAAACAAUGGUUGCUCUUGUAUCAAUACAUAUUAUUACACCCAUAAAGGUUUUAUUAAAUUGAGCCCUGGUUAGCAAAACCUUAAAGUUUAUAUAAUAAACAAAUAAUUAUUAUUUGUUUUCUUCAAAGUGUUGAAUGAGUAUGCAUGUUGUUUUUCGCAGAAUGUAAGGUAGACUCAACAUUGCCAUUACCAGAUGACUAUCUUCCUUCCUUCAGUUCACUGCCUGGUUCCUCCCCUGGGGGAGGGGGAGAGUAUCACUUGGUACACAUCAGUCCUGAUGAGCUGGGUGAUAACUCACCCCCCACCUCUCCCCCCACAGUAAUGACCAGAAAGAGAAGCUCGCCUACAGCUAGCAACAGCAGCAGAGAAUCUGAAAAUAGCUCCACAGGUGCCUCCGGUAUGUUUAUUUCAAAAUUCCCAAAUUUAUCAUACAAGGUCUAAUGCUUUUCAAAUUUAAGCGGGGAGGGGCUACAUAUGGAAUGGUAUUUUUUCUUUUUGAAAGUGUUAUGGUAAAUGGUAAGCUGUAAAUUGCUGAUUUGCAAAAAAAAAGGCUUUCAGGAAAUGGGAUCAAUAUUUUAGCUUUGCUCUUUUACACAGUCAUAAAUUUGCUAAGGGCACUCUCCAAAAGUUGUAACUGGCAAGAGUUUUUGCCGACAAACCAUCUCCUUUGUGCGUAUUGAUUUGAUUAGUCUGGAUAGUUUUCAUUAAAAACCGUCUCCAAUCUGUUGUGCAUAUAGCCUGAAUUUCAUCUGAUUACUUUGAGUCAUUAUUGCUCCCUCAGUAACAUGUUACUGAGGGAGUAAUAACGACUCGAAGUAAUCGGAUGAAAUUCAGGCUAUUGUGCAUAGGGAAUGGUCUGGCUCGUCAGUUCUGACAAAUGGAUGUCGUAAGAUUAUAAAUGUUUUCUCUCAAUGUCCUUUUAUAGGAAGCUCAAGUCCUCUGCUAAAUGACAGUGGUACACAAGAAGAGAGAGGUUGAGUUGAUGCUAACUAAGUAAAGGCCAUGUGGACCCCAGUAGCUGGAUAAUUUAUGAAGAUAAUUAUUGCAAUAAUGUAAAUCAACAUGAUUUCAGAAAAAGAGAUAUAUUAUUUAUUUAUUAUUGGUGUAUAAAAAAUAGUUUCUUGUUACAGCACAUAAGUUAUUGAUAAUUAUAAUAUUGGUAUUCAUUAGUGACUGUUAACACAGUUGCUCUGAGGUGAUGUGAGCUCUCAGCCAUUCUCCUUACAUGUAAGUCCCGGCUCUAUCCCUCAGUUUUGGAUCAAGGAUAACUUUUUCCCAAAAUUUCUUCCAAUCUGAUGUUUCUUUGUGAUACUAACAGAGUGACAUAGCCCAGCCCUAUAACAUGCUGUCCUUUACUCCUAACACAGGUUUAUUGACACUGAAAGAUAAGUAGUUCAAAUUCAAAUUUGAUGAUUAUUUUGCCAAGCAAGUUUGGUUAUAAGACAGUUCAACUGUUCACCACAUUUCCAAAGAUAAUUCGGUUGCAAAUGUUGCUCUGAACAAGUUAUCAAAUUAUGGGAUUUUCAAGAAAACAGGCUAUCUAGCUUCUGAGGAACAGGGGCGGUUCAAGGGGGAGGGUGCAGGGGUGUGUACCCCCUCCCCCCUGACAUGACCUGCAGCUUUCUGAUACAACCGGUAUUCUGUAUUAAAAUUUGUUUACGUCUCCAUUCAGUUACGCUAUUUCUUAGUGAUGCACUCCCUCCUAAGAAAAAUCCUGGAUCAGCCCCUAAGGAAGAUGAAUAAAUUUUAAAUGCAGUGAACUUCUGUUGCUUGGCUGUACAUGUCUGUUAUAGAGCCCUUCAACAUGUAAAGCAUUUUUUGUUUAGCCUGCCAGCAAGCUCUUUUUGCUUUGCCUUACCCCCAAUUUGAGCCCGGGGAGAUCACUAAGAGAGUCUGGAGGUCGGUUUUUGUUUAACAACACGUACGCAUGUCCAUGUGUUUUGGCCUUGGUUCAAUG